UAACUGAACUACAAGUCCCAGAGUGCAUCUCUACGAGGAUUCUGGGAAGUGUGGCAGAAGCUGCAAUGGUCCUUCUGGGGAACGGAAGCCGUUGAACGUGAACAUUUGGUUUCCUCCUUUGUGCUGAUUCCUGAGGAAUAGGAAGGUGCCCCGAAAAGAAUUCAGAUACAGAAAAAUGAAUAAAGCAAAAAUUACCGGCACCAUUUUCAAUCUUUAUCGUCAUCCCACUCCCCCAAAUUAGUCACUCUUAACAGUUUGGACCUGACAAUGUUCCUGUAUUGUGGAAUAGCUUGCAGGAGAAAAUUUUUUUGGUGCUAUAGGCUGCUGUCAACCUAUGUUACUAAGACACGGUAUUUAUUUGAACUGAAGGAAGAUGAUGAUGCAUGUAAAAAAGCCCAGCAAACAGGAGCGUUUUACCUCUUUCAUGGUCUGGCUCCUCUGCUUCAGACUUCAGCACAUCAAUACCUGGCCCCCCGACAUAGCCUGUUAGAGUUGGAAAGGCUCCUGGGUAAAUUUGGACAGGAUGCACAAAGAAUAGAAGAUUCUGUGUUGAUUGGAUGCUCUGAGCAGCAGGAGGCAUGGUUUGCUCUGGAUCUAGGUCUGGAUAGCUCCUUUUCCAUAAGAGCCUCCUUACACAAACCUGAAAUGGAGACAGAGCUCAAGGGGUCUUUCAUUGAGCUGAGAAAGGCUCUCUUUCAACUCAAUGCAAGGGAUGCCUCCAUGCUGUCCACGGCUCAAGCUCUUCUCCGCUGGCAUGAUGCUCAUCAGUUCUGCAGCAGAAGUGGGCAGCCCACCAAGAAGAACGUGGCUGGCAGCAAGCGUGUGUGCCCUUCCAAUAAUAUCAUCUAUUAUCCACAGAUGGCUCCUGUGGUAAUCACACUGGUGUCAGAUGGGACCCGAUGCCUGCUUGCCCGCCAAAGCUCCUUUCCCAAGGGAAUGUAUUCUGCCUUGGCAGGUUUUUGUGAUAUAGGUGAAAGUGUGGAAGAGACCAUCCGUCGAGAAGUUGCAGAAGAGGUGGGAUUGGAGGUGGAAAGCCUGCAGUACUGUGCAUCCCAGCACUGGCCCUUUCCUAGCGGCUCACUCAUGAUUGCUUGCCAUGCAACUGUGAAACCAGGGCAAACAGAAAUCCAGGUGAACUUGAGAGAAUUAGAGACAGCUGCCUGGUUCAGUCAUGAUGAGGUAGCCACAGCCCUGAAGAGAAAGGGCCCCUAUACUCAGCAACAGAAUGGGACUUUCCCAUUCUGGCUGCCCCCUAAGUUAGCCAUCUCCCACCAACUGAUUAAGGAGUGGGUGGAAAAACAGACCUGUUCUUCCCUGCCUGCUUAGCCCAGACCAAGUAACUUUGAUCGCUCCUUGGUAUUCCUGAGGGACAAACUAGAGAUCAGUUGACAAAGAAGUGACAAAAGACAAGCUACAGGACCUCAGAAGGGCAGGGCAGAGGGUGAGCCUACAGUAAGACACUUCUAUCAGCAGUGUUAAUGGAAGAAAUUCCUACCAAUGGGCAAUCAAAAAAGCCAGUGUGAGAAGAAAACUGAUGAGCUGUCAACUGUCAAAACUCAGGGGGAAGGCGGAAGCAUUAGUUUGGAUGUAGGCCCUUGUUCAGUCAUUUUCUCCAAGGCCUUGGAAACAAACAUCUUUUGGCAUAUGGCUUGUUAAUGUUGCGUUUACACUAACUGCCAAAAUGUGCCUGUUGUAAGUUUGGUUAAAACUUUUAUCUUAGUAUUGAAAAUAUAUAGCAAGUUUCAAGUCAUUACUGAGUUACUUGUUACUCUUACAGAAUUAAGAAAAAUAGCACAGUAUAACAUAUUUAAAUUCAUGUACAGGUGCAUUCUAGUUACAUGUACAUGGUAGUUAAAUAAAAGUCAUAAUUAAGUCAUUAUGACUCAGAGUACUUUAUAAUAAACCAGAUGCCAUGAGGCUCUGUUGAGGUAGUAGAAUCUCAAUGGGACUCCAGAGAGUAAGUCUUUUUUGCUGUUUUCAGCUCUGUCACAUGCUCAGUUCGUGACCCAGGGAAAAGACUCUCGCUUUGCCAUGCCUGUUUUCCUAAAUAAAACAGUUGCUGGCAUUUGCACAUCCACAAUGUGUUGAUUAACUUUAACAAAGGGAUUGGUGGAGAUAAACAGAUGCCAAACCUGACCUAUUUCUUAAACUUUAUGGAAUAAACUAAAUUUAGGAUUUCUCAUCAUUCAUAUAUGAUGCCCUAAGGGAGAAGAGAUUAUUUGGGGAAAAUAAAAUGUCCACACCUUU